AUGGCGAUUUUUAUCCAAAAAUCUGACGAGACUUGGUGUCUGGAUGGUUCAAAUUGUAUGCAUUCGAAUACUUGUAAUAUUUGUGAAGGUGGUGCUUGUUUGAGAGUUCAGCGAUUUACUCCGAAUAAAGGAGUUUCGAUUGCAAUGACUUGUAUUCCACAUGACAGUUUGGUUCAUGCUUAUCAUCCUGAAGGUAAGAAAAUUAUCGGUUUUUUGGAGGAAAUUGAAAAAUAACUUACGAGAAGAUGAGAAGUCACUCUUAUUCUGAGGAAGUCCUAACGUUUCAACGAAUACCUGCGAUACUGUCCGGAGAGUGUUCUGAAAAUUGAUUUUGAAACUAAAUAGUUCAUAAAUCUGGAUAACCCCGGAAAAUAUACACCCGAGUGAUUUUUGCUCAACGAACAAAAUAAAAUUUUUUUUUUCAAAAAUUAAAAACGCGCUCACUCGGGUCUCACCGCGAACAAAUAAAUAUUCAAGUGUUCCUUUAAACAUACCGUAUUUUUUUUGCUAAUUUUUUAAAAAACUUACUUUUCUGCACACCAAUUUUUUUCGUCGAUUUUCUCUAUUGAAAAUUUUUGAAAUGAAACAUAUUCCAACAAAAAAUCCACAUUGAAUCGAAUCAGGUCACGCAAAAAUAAACCAAUUCUCAUUUUUCAAAAUUUCUAUUUUUGCAGGCUGUCGUACCGAUUUAUCAACUGGUGAAAAGCUGUGUCUUUGUUCUGGUCGUGAUUUCUGCAAUUCAUCCCUUCUUUCCUUCAAUUUUCCCCAAAUAUUUCUGUAUAUCGCCAUAUUUUGUGUAUUUUUCAUUUUUUGA